AUGCAACCACCCGGCAAUACUCUCUCUUCACUCCUCGCCCAAGCCAAUUCCCUCAAUGACACUGAUAUGGACACCGAGUUGCCUCAGAUCAGGUUGGGUUUGGAUGAGAUUGAGCGUAUGAGCGAAUCCGUAGCGGGCCGGGGAAAGAAGGUGAAACAGAACAAUGGGCAAGGCCACACACUCCUGUCUAAUCUUGGCAUAAACACAUCUCAACUUUCGCGUUCCAUCGCCCAACUACCCUCUGCCCAUCAAACAGCUCUAACUAAACGACGUAGACGCCCUCAUGUCUCAAGACUGCAGCCCUUGGGAGAUUUGGGUCCUGGGUAUGCCAUGCCGGACGGAGAUAUAGCUGCGUGGGGAAGAAACUGGCAUGAGAUGACUAUAUUGAGUGGAAUAGAAUAUCAGAGGCAAAAGACUGUGAAAUUGUUUCAGCAACAAUUUCAACAGCGCAUCCUUCAGAAUUGGGAAGCGGAGAAGGCUAGGAUAUUGCAAGAAGAGCUGGGUGUUACCGACGACGAGCUCGCCCGGUUGUCCGGUGUGAAUGUCUCAUCUCCUGCUCUCGGUGCGUCUUCACUCGGUAAGAGCGCUCUAGGAGCCAGCACGAGAAGAUUCCCGAUGGCACAAAGCACGUACGGGAAAGGAAGUGUCGAGUCGAAAGAAGGGGGUUUGGUCAUGCACUCCAAGAUGAUGAAGUAUGAGCGGGUCAUCAGUGAGCUGAACCAGAGGAGAUCAAGAAAGGAUCCGUUCGAACUCUGCCAAGCACUCGAAGCUUCCGUCAAAGACGAUUCAAAGCACCCGAUGCUUUCCACAGCCUUCCGGCUAUUGGCUCAUAUGACGUACGAACCGUCUCUGAGAGAUCCAUCGGCAUUCUCAGAGAAUACGUCCCGUGCCGAGCAGGUGCAAGAGAGGCAAUACGCAGCUGCGUAUUUGGGCGAGCCACGAUCCUCACAUGCUGCUCUGCUGCGCGGGAGACUUGUACAAGGGGCAAGAAAAUUCCUCGAGCGAGAUUUCGAGCAUCAUGUCGAAGAGACUAUCGCCAAGUACCCCAAGGAGGCUGCACUGGGUGGUAUACCUGGAAUCAGGAACAAGAUCCGAGCAUUUGUGCAGGUGACCUUGAAAAACAAAGAGACGCAAGACUCUUACAAAGCUGAGCUGGUUGACGGCAUAUACCUCUGGGCUCAGGCGUACUACCUCCUACGAUGUGGAUAUUACGAUGACGCCCUCGAUCUCAUCGCAGAGCACUCGAGCUCUGUCGGCCGCGAAGAUUGGUCUUUCCCGGGUUGUUUCAACACUUUCCUCCAUUCCUCCGACAAACGCCUCCCGAAAUCCCAGAAAGACCAGCUGUACAACGAUUUCAACGCACACGUGCGGAACAACCCCAAUGUCGAUCAAUACAAAUACGCCCUGUACAAGAUUGUGGGGAGAUUUGAACUCGGGCGUAAAUCGCUCAAAGUGGCUGCGACUACGGAGGACUGGAUGUGGCUACAAUUAUCAUUGGUGAGGGAAAGUAGGGAAAAUGAGCCUCCUCAAGAUCACUAUGAUCAAAAUGAACUUAGCAAACUGCUGCUGAGAUACGGCAACGAUAAGUUUGACGCCAAUGGGGCCAGACCGUUUGCGUGGUUCAACUUAUUGCUCCUGACAGGGCAGUUCGAAAGGGCUGUGGCAUACCUCUAUUCCAAGCCCUCUCUCCGUACAGAUGCUGUUCAUUUCGCCAUUGCCUUACAAUACUAUGGCCUCCUGCGUGUGCCUGCUGCGUCAGACGAGGUUGACCUUUGUGCGAUCACUAUACGUCAUACGAUCGAUCGAGACAUCUGCUAUAUCAACUUUGCACGACUCAUAAAAAAUUAUAUCAGUCCUUUCUUCAAGGUAGAACCUCAGACAGCUCUACAAUACGCUUAUCUUGUUGCUCUCGCCAGCGAUGCACCGAAUGGGGUGGGAGAAAAGCAAAAACAGUAUACUUUGGAAUUAGUCCGUGACAUCGUGCUUGCUUCACGAGCGUGGACCAAGCUUCUCGGAUCGGUCCGAGCAGAUGGCUCUAAAGAGACCGGCGCUAUCGAACGAGACCUUCAUCUUUUGAAGUUGAACGAUGAAGCCGACUACCUCCGUCAAGUCGUUUUGUCAGCUGCGGAUCAAUCCGCCCUCGAUGCCUCGCUUGCCGACUCUAUCGAGCUUUAUCAUCUGGCUGGAGCAUAUGACAAGGUCGUCGAGACUGUCAAUCGCGCCCUCGGUCAUUCUCUAGGUCAGGCCUCACAGCCUGUGAAAGCAGGAAGUGAACUGGGUCUGACGAGUGCGUUUGGUGGAGCUCAGGAUUUGUAUAGUUUGGCUCAAAAGGUGUGGCAGGUGUACGAAAAGGAUUUUGGAAAACGUACGAGGGUAUCGAAAGCUCAUUGGGAGACUUUGAGUGUGCUUUUGAGGUUGAAAUUGGGAUUGGCGCAGUUUGCUGCUGAUCGUCCGGAUCUUGCUUUAGAGACAUUAAGAAGCACCAAUCUACUCCCUCUCGAUAACGACCCAUCUUCUAUCCCCCGUUACGCUCAACGAUUCAAAGAGAUUCUCGACCAACCAUCCAUUUCCAACCUCGAUGACGUAGUCGUGACCGCUAUGAAAUGUCUUCAUCGUCUCAGUCAACAACUCAAGCAGAGUCCCUAUGGCGAUCACACUCGGAUGGCACAAAUCAACGAUCUGAAGUAUCAAGCUCAGUGUCUCAUACAAUUCGCUUCCACCCUGAGACUGAGAUUGGGUCCGGAUGUUUAUCGACAAUUGUCGAGCAUGAGCGCCUUCUUCUGAUACUCCGUAUGAUCAUGACGCACAAUACGAUGCAUGAGUGGAUGACAUGACU